AUGGGCACAGCAGUGGAGACCAGGGGAUGGGCACAGCAGCGGAGACCAGGGGAUGGGCACAGCAGCGGAGACCAGGACUGGGUACAGCAGCGGAGACCAGGGGAUGGGCACAGCAGCGGAGACCAGGAUGGGCAGCACAGCAGCAGAGACCAGGGGAUGGAGUACAGCAGCGGAGACCUUCAGGGAUGGAGCACAGCAGAGACCAGGAUGGGCACAGCAGCGGAACCAGGGAUGGGCACAGCAGCAGAGACCAGGGGAUGGGCACAGCGGAGACCAGGGGAUGGGCACAGCAGUGGAGACCAGGGGAUGGGCACAGCAGCGGAGACCAGGGGAUGGGCACAGCAGCGGAGACCAGGGGAUGGGUACAGCAGCAGGAGACCAGGGGAUAGGCACAGCAGCGGAGACCAGGGAUGGAGCACAGCGGCGGAGACCAGGAUGCAGGCUGGCAGCGAGGAGGAUGGGCAUGCAGCGGAGACCAGGGGAUGGGCAGCAGUGGAAACCAGGGGAUGGGCACAGGCCGGAGACCAGGGGAUGGGCACGGCAGGAGACAGGAUGGGCAGGCAGGGAGACCAGGGGAUGGGCUGGCAGCGGAGACCAGGGGAUGGGCACAGCAGGAGACCAGGGAUGGGACAGCAGCGGAGACCAGGGAUGGGCACGGCAGCAGGACAGGGGAUGGGCACAGCAGCGGAGACCAGGGGAUGGGCAGUGUGGAGACCAGGGUGGUACAGCAGAGACCAGGGAUGGGCAGCAGCGGAGACCAGGGAUGGGCACAGCAGCGGGGACCAGGGGAUGGGCACAGCAGCGAGACCAGGAUGGGCAGCGGAACCAGGGAUGGGCACGGCAGCGGAGACCAGGGAUGGGCGGAGACAGAUGGGCGCAGCGGGACAGGAGGGCAGGAGGGACCAGGAUGCGGCGAGGGAUGGCGGGGGACAGGAUGGCAGGCAGGAAGGAUGGGCACAGCAGUGGAGACCAGGGGAUGGGUACAGCAGGAGACCAGGGGAUGGGCACGGCAGCGGAGACCAGGGAUGGGCACAGCAGCGGAGACCAGGGAUGGGCACAGCGCGGACAGGGAUGGGCACAGCGGGGGGAUGGGCACAGCAGCGGAGACCAGGGAUGGGCCGCGGAGACCAGGGAUGGGCACAGCAGCGGAGACCAGGGAUGGGCACAGCAGCAGGAGACAAGGAAUAG